AACACUAAAAGGUCUGUGACCGUGAGGGGAGGUGGUUUCAAUUCCUGUUAAGUGCUGUAAAGGAACAGAAUAUAAACCACUGGUGUGAAGACACAGGCCUCUCCAGACCUCACGCAACCUUUGGAUUUGGCAUUUUCCAGAGAACCGUCACACAUAGCUUUGGACAGCUGACACACUCACAAAGAUGAAAGUAUCGGUUAGUGUCGUUCUGCUCCUGCUUUGCUGUGUCAGUCGUAUAAAAGCGGUCACCAUUCAGUCAUGUCCGGAGGCCACCGGGAGUUUGCUCCUGACAGAGGUUGAGAAAACCGUCACUCUAACUUGUACCACUGAUGGAAGUAUUGACCCAUCCAACCAAGAACUGCAGUGGUUCCGCAAUGGUGCCAGGGUGAAUCUGGCAGAAGAAAACAGCAUGUACCGGAGUAGUCUUUGUGUACAGCCUGUCACUAAACAGGACAACGGAGUCGUCUUUACCUGUCAGCUGAAGGGUGACGCAAGUGUGAACAGCUCAAUCGAGUUUGACGUCCAGUAUCCUCCAGACCUUAAUGACACUAAAGAAGUGUUUGUUGAGGAAACAAGUGAUGUUGUUCUGUCCUGUGAUGUACAAGCCAACCCUACUGUAACACUUGUUUGGAAAAAGGAUGGUGUAGUUCUGGAUCUGACCACAGGUAGUUACAAAACGACCAAUAAUGGCAUUGCCGCUGAGUUGUCAAUCCCAAAAGCUAAUCGUGAUGUACAUCAAGGAACAUACAUCUGUGAGGUAACCUCACCCGUCUAUGGAAUUAUAAACAGGACUUUUACAGUUAUCGUUGAAGAUAAAGUGCUAAAGUUCCCUCUAGGACCCACGAUUGCUGGAUUGGUGGUGGUUUUAUGCACAAUUGUAUUAGCACUCAUCUCUAGGAGGGAUAAAAUAAUUAAGUGCUGCAAACGAAAUUGAACAUCUCCACAUGGAAUUUCAUCUCAAGCAAUCAAACCACAGCUAUUUGAGACAUUGAGCAUUGAGGAGAUCAGACUGGAAUUCAAGUAGUCAUUACUGUACUGGCAAAUGGGACACCAGGAUCGGACUAAAUUAAAAAUAUCUUCUUUGUUUCCUGCCUAGCCUGUUUGUUUCUUUUGUAUUAUUAAAUUAUAAAGUGAAAAGAUGUCUGUCAAACAACUCUUUAUACUUGUGAUUUUUUUUACUAUCCCCAUAUUCUAAUGUUGUUGAGCAAGUGCACUAAAAAGCAUUAGGUCUCUGAGCCAGCAAAGUCACUACCACUCCUAGAACAUUGAUGGUUGUGUUUGCAGGAGAUACAGUAAAAUAAAGUCAUUAAAGUGAAUUGCAAGAUAUUUUACAUUCUCAAGGACACAAUAUUUCUUGUGUAAAUUGGCCCUGUUAAAUGUUCCUAAAGUCAUUAACCUUUAACCAAGCCAGAACAUAUACGAUUAUUGUAAGUAUAUUACCCUAAUAAGAUUUGGAUACUUUCAUUGUUUUUCUUUGUAUGUUGUCAUAUUAUAUUCUGAGACAAAUAAAAAUGUAAUUAUAUUUCA